UCUGUUUGUGUGCGUGUGUAUAUCGUCGAGCAUGCAAUUACAUAUAUGUCAAAAGCGAAAUGUCAACAUUGUAUCAAAAAACAAAAUGCAAUUUAAAUUGAUAUUUAUCGGAUUAUUGUUAAUAAAACUAUGCGGUGCAAGGAAACAUCAUUUGGAAGUUCGGGAUGACCGACGACGAUACAUUGAAUUGACCACGUUCGGAUUUUUCAAAGGUGGAACUCUCGAUGUUCGAUUAGAAAAUUUUAAGAUCAGCAAAGACAGAGAAAAUGAAUUGUUUGGAUUAUCGUUAGACAAAACGAUGACGGACGCUAUGAAUCCGUACCUAGACUCCCACCAAGACCGGUGCAUACUGGAAGAACUAGCGAAGGACCAACGUAGCGGACCGAUCGUUUAUUUUGUCAUGGAUUUGAAGAAUUUAAAGGUGAAGGUGACCUGUUCAAGGGAUUGGCAAACGACUAUUUUCAAUGACAGGGCAAAACUGCCAAUUUAUAAACGCCAGUCCAUUUAUAACGCCAAUUUUCAAGCGGCCAACCAGAAAACCGACGAUUCACCGGUAGAAUACGGAUGCAAUCAGGGUCCAAUAGUGAUUCCAAUAACGGUAAAGGAAUCGGGAGAAUUCAACUUGUACAGCAUGAGCUUUGCCAUGGUCUUUUCAACGCUAGCGGAAGAAGGAUUGUACAAUCUGUGCUUCCAUGCGUGUCCCAACUACAAGGAGACGGAUUCAUUUAACCUGGAGUUUGAUGUGGACAUCGAGGAAAACAAUCAAGGAAAUUAUCUGUCUGCCGGAGAGAUGCCGUUGCCCGCUUUGUACUCAAUGAUGUCGUUGCUGUUCUUCUUGUCCGGUUUAUUUUGGAUAUUCAUUUUACGGAAGAGCAAGCACACUGUCUUCAAGAUCCAUUACAUUAUGGCCGCUCUUGUAUUUCUCAAAUCUUUAUCAUUAAUGUUCCAUUCGAUUAAUUAUCAUUUCAUCAAAAUACGUGGCGAGCACGUUGAGGCUUGGGCGAUCCUAUUUUACAUAACUCACUUGCUGAAAGGUGCAGUGUUGUUUAUAACGAUUGUUUUGAUUGGAACCGGCUGGACGUUCAUCAAACAUAUUAUCGCUGACAAGGACAAGAAAGUAUUCAUGAUUGUCAUUCCAUUGCAGGUUCUAGCUAACAUUGCGGACAUUAUCAUUGCUGAAAGUGAAGAAGGUGACAAAGAGUACACGACCUGGAUUUACAUUUUCUUUCUGGUGGAUUUGUUAUGCUGUGGCGCCAUUUUAUUCCCAGUCGUUUGGUCCAUUCGUCACUUACAGGAAGCAUCCGCAACGGAUGGCAAAGCUGCCACCAAUCUGCGUAAACUAAAGCUAUUUCGACAGUUCUACAUUAUGGUCGUGUGUUACAUCUACUUUACACGGAUCGUCGUUUGUCUGUUGAAAAUUACGGUAUCAUUCCAAUACGCUUGGUUGAACGAAAUGUUCAAGGAAAUGGCAACGUACGUAUUUUUCGUGCUGACGGGAUACAAAUUUCGACCGGUGUCAUCGCAUCCGUAUUUCCAGGUGGAAACGGACGACGAGGAGCAGGACGCAGAAGUAUUAACCGAAACCGGUAUGUACAAAACCAAAGCUAUUAACCGAACGAUGGUACAAUCUUCAACAACGAUUGUUGAUGCGAAUGAUGAAGAGCGUGAACUGAUGCUAAAUAAGCGAGAGUCUAGCCACGAAUACGACUGAAUUGUUUUUCAUUUUCUUUUUAAUUUCUAUUGAACAUUUCGAGCGAAAAAUCUCUGCGCUUUUCUGUAAUUUAUUUUGAAUUAUGUUUUCGUGAUAUGAGCAAUUUUGUUGUAUACUUUAGACUGCGUGUGUAAAUAAACUUACUUA